CUUCUUCUAUAACCAAAAUACCACCACCAUGAGCUAAGAUUGAGAGAACAAUAUCAACACAUACCAUUUUCUCUUCCAUCAUUCGCUGAAAACCAGCUGCAAUUUCAAAGUUAUGGUUUGCAAAAAUCUUGCGUUUUGACCUAAUUCGAGAUUUGGGUUCUUAGAUCGAUGAAGUAUGACACCACUGACAUCAGCAUCUUCCUCCUUCUCUUAUUCUUAUGGUAAUUUUAUUGGUGGAUUGUCGUUGGUUGGUUGUAUGAGAGAAGGAAACGGUGGUGCUGGAGGAGGUGGAUGUGGGAAUUCAAGAUUCGAGGUGGUGGUGGAGGAGAUCGGGGAUGGGGUCUUGGUGGAGAAGGUCAUGGAGGUGUUGUUAGCAGAAGGGAUGGUGAUUUUCUGCAGGAUACUAUGCUCGGCUGCUCUCAGGAACAUAUGGGGCUGUUUCAUCUUCAGCCUUUGUGGAGAUUGGUUUACUGUAUGGAUAGCUAACUCCCUCUCUUUGUUUUUGUAAUGAACAUAUGUUGUUUGAUGAAAUGACUUGUACUAUAUGUAGAACAGUAGAAGUAUGCUGGCUGGUAUCAAAUGGAAGCUAUGACGCCAUCAUCAGCUUCACUUGAUGAGGGUGCUUAGCUAUUGAGUUUCAUAUGCCUCCAUUUUUUUCGCCAACCUAGU